AUGGGCAAUGAUUCUGCAGCCAACACUCCCACCGCCGACUCAACCGGCUCUGCGCCUAUGCGUCCCGGAGGCGCCCCGGCUCGCGUGUACAUGAACGAGCGAAUCGUGCCGUAUCUGCUAGAUGGGAUGAAGGUUGUUGCGAAAGAGCAACCGUCGAACCCGCUCCGCGUACUAGGCGAAUACCUAAUCCAAAAGAGCAACGAGGUCGAAGGCGGUGCCGGCGCAAACAAGACGCCCGAGUAA